AUGAGUCGCACGGAUCCAGAUUUACAUAACGCUAUCUCUCUGCGCCCUUUGCCUUUCUCCACUCCACACGCAUCCGGGUCCGAGUCAUCCAUACGGCACCAUCAUCACCAUCACCAUCACCACCACACUGUUGAGUACAAGGCCGAUAAGCAGCCAGCAGCGGCCAGCGCAACCGCAGUCGAGGCUGCCAACGACUCGAUCUCACAUGACCCUGUCGCUCGACCAACAUAUCAUCGCAACAGUAGCGAUGCGGGGCGUAACGACGUCGAACGCCAGAAUAGUCUUCCACAGUACGAAGCUGCUCUUGACCCCUACGGUCUACGAGGUGGCUUCAAGGACAUCGACGAGGAGAAGAAGCGCGCCAAAGCGAACACUAAAGAGAAGCGUUCCAUUUGUGCACCGGUAUCGUCAGGCAAAGAUCAGUGGCGGUCUAAGCGGAUAAUCAAUUUUUACGAGGAUCAAAAUGACAAGAUUGAACGUUUGUUGACCUCGGUUGAUGAUCACGUUGCUCAAGCAAAGGAGGAACAAGGAGCCGAUGCUCUGCAGUUCAAGAUUGCUGUCAAUGGCAGCUUCAUCGCGAAUGUUAUUCUUGCUGUUUUGCAGGUGUAUGGUGCAGCCUCAUCUCAGAGUUUGUCGCUUUUCACCACCAUGGCCGACGCCAUUUUCGACCCCUGCAGCAAUCUCACAUUGAUCCUGUGCAAUCGCGCUGUCAACCGGGUUGAUGCUCGUCGGUUCCCGUCUGGCAAGGGUCGCCUGGAGACUGCGGGCAACAUUGCAUUUUGUUUCAUCAUGACAUCGGUAUCGCUGAUCUUGAUCGUCGAAUCAAUCCGCGAUCUUGCCACUUCAGGCGAUCGAGAAGGGAAGCUGCACGUUCCCUCUGUUGUCGCCGUCGGCAUCGCAUUUGUCACCAAGCUUGGUCUAUUCCUCUAUUGCUGGGCUCUCAGGAAUAAGUACAGCCAGAUCCACAUCCUAUGGGAGGACCACCGAAACGACCUAUUCAUCAAUGGUUUCGGUCUGAUGACAAGUGUUUUGGGAAGCAAAUUGAGAUGGUGGAUCGAUCCUAUGGGUGCUAUCAUCCUCUCCGUGCUCAUCUCAUUCCUCUGGCUUCGCACUGCCUACCAGGAGUUUCAGCUGCUCAUCGGUGUGACUGCGGACACCUCGUUUUUGCAACACGUCACCUACAUCUCAAUGACUCACGAUCCACGUGUGCUCUCCCUCGACACUGUGCGCGCAUGGCAUUCUGGCCCGCGUCUGAUUGUCGAGGUCGAUAUCGUUAUGGACCAGGACAUGAGCCUCCGCGAGACUCACGAUGUCGCCGAGGAGCUGCAGAUGAAGCUUGAAAGUCUUCCUGACGUUGAGCGAGCCUAUGUCCACGUGGAUUAUGAGACGACUCACUCGCCAGAACAUUUCUUGAAAAAGGAGCUGUAA